CGCGCAACGAGCCACCACCCCGUCCGACCUGGCACUCGUCGUCGUCUCCCUUGCUCGGUCCCUCCUCUACAAACCUAUCCCCGCCCGUCCGCCGUCGCCGCCACCGCGAAACCCUAGACCGCCGCGAGCAAGCGUGAGCUCCAUUAGCGAGCCUCACACAACAUGGAUUGCGGCACAGCCUCGCACGGCGCCCUGCUCGCCGCCGCGCCGCUCGCCGUCCGGCGGCCCCGGCUGCUGCCCCUCUCGCCGCCGCCGUCGACGCCGUCCAUUCAGAUUCAGAACCGACUUUAUUCGAUGUCACUGCUUCCGCUUCGAAAGGCCCGAGGCAUGGGAAUAUGCGAGGCUUCUCUAGCAAGUAACUACACGCAGACAUCAGAGUUUGCUGAUUUGGAUUGGGAGAACCUUGGUUUUGGACUCGUGCAAACUGACUAUAUGUAUACUGCAAAAUGUGGGCCAGAUGGGAACUUUGACAAGGGUGGAAUGGUGCCGUUUGGGCCAAUAGAAAUGAACCCAGCAUCCGGAGUCCUGAAUUAUGGACAGGGAUUGUUCGAAGGCCUAAAGGCGUAUAGAAAAACUGAUGGCUCCAUCCUGUUGUUUCGCCCAAUGGAAAAUGCAAUGAGGAUGCAAACUGGCGCCGAGAGGAUGUGCAUGCCUGCACCUCCUGUCGAGCAAUUUGUGGAUGCAGUAAAACAAACCGUUUUAGCAAACAAGAGAUGGGUGCCUCCUACCGGUAAAGGUUCUUUGUACAUUAGGCCACUACUCGUGGGAAGUGGGGCUGUUCUUGGUCUUGCACCUGCUCCUGAGUACACAUUCAUUAUUUUUUCCUCCCCUGUUGGGAACUACUUUAAGGAAGGAUUAGCGCCAAUAAAUUUGAUAGUUGAAGACAAGUUUCAUCGGGCCACCCCUGGUGGAACUGGAGGUGUUAAGACCAUUGGGAAUUAUGCCUCGGUCUUGAUGGCACAGAAGAUUGCAAAGGAGAAAGGUUAUUCUGAUGUUCUCUACUUGGAUGCUGUUGAGAAAAAGUAUCUUGAAGAAGUAUCUUCGUGUAAUAUUUUUGUUGUGAAGGGCAAUGUUAUUUCAACUCCAGCAAUAAAAGGAACAAUAUUGCCGGGCAUCACAAGGAAAAGUAUAAUUGAUGUUGCUCUGACUAAAGGCUUCCAGGUCGAGGAGCGGCUUGUGUCGGUGGAUGAGUUGCUUGAUGCCGACGAAGUGUUCUGCACAGGGACCGCCGUCGUUGUGUCUCCCGUAGGCAGCAUUACAUAUCAAGGGAAAAGGAUAGAGUAUGCUGGCAACCAGGGAGUCGGCGCGGUGUCUCGGCAACUGUACACCUCGCUAACAAGCCUCCAGAUGGGCCAGGUGGAGGACCCCAUGGGCUGGACCGUGCAACUGAAUUAGCCAACAAUCUUUGCCUGCCAUCGUCGCGCGGAUGGGUUCACCCUGUUCUCUGCCUGGAUUAAAACAUGAUGAUGGAUGGGGUUGCAAGGUCUUGUGUAUCUUCAGUCAGUUUUGUAGGCUCUGCCCAAGUGGCGUCCCAGUGUGCAUCUGUAGAUGGUGGCGCAUAAGAUGCGUAGCCUCUCCUGGUAUGCGCCUUUUUUGAGGUUUAUCAAUGCUGUGGAACUGGAAACCGUAGCCUUUGUGGUGACUAGUGAGCAAUGUAAAGUAGGAUAAAUUUCUUGUACUUGCCAUGUCGGGUGUCUUGGUUUUUCUGGAGUGGUUUGUGAUGAUAAGAAUAAGAAUAAGAGCUUGGUGUGCCGCAGUAGCAUGAUGUACUGUUCCUUGCCGUAAUAAAAGAGCUCAAGGAGAAACCCGACCUUGAUGAAA